UUACAUACACAGAGAAAGCACACUACACUUGGAAAAAAGACUGUUUGAUAAAAAAAGGCGAAAUUGUUCGUCCUUCUGGAGAUUCUAUUGUACAAGAUGGCAUGAUUUAGACUCGAAAUGGGGAGAAGAAGGCUUCACAUUGGAAAUUUAACAGAGAAUGGUUAAGAAUGAAAUGAAAUUGUACCUAAAAUUACAAUGACAGAGAGUCAUACCGCAACAGUACGCUGGGCCGAUGUGGAAAACGGCACAGAUUCACCAACCAAAUCCAAAGACAAUAUUUCUGAUGUAAGCGUGAUUUCCAGUUCAAAUGGACAAACAAAGGGAGCCACAAGCGACAAGAAGAAAGCAAUGCUUUCAGUUAGAACCGAGUCGGCUUCAAAGAUCAGCGCCUCGAGUGUGAAAGUCGCUUUCAAGGAUUCACUUGACAAAAACUGCACCGAACGAGAGACUGUUACAUCCUCGCUCAGACAAAUGUUGUGCUUUCCGUCGUCUUUUAAAACAGAAUUCUCCUCGAAAUCUUUAGAAGAAGUGUAUCAACAUUACUUCGAGCAACAAAAGCUUGAUCGGUUCUUGCAUAUAAUAGCUUUGGUUUUCGUCGUCAACAUGGCGCUUGUGACAAUGUACGCUGUUGUUUUUCAAGAAGACAACCCAACGCAAAUCAACAGAGUUAUUACAACCUGUGUCUAUGGAGCUUUUUAUCUAUUACUAAUCGGUCUACAACUUCUAAAGUUGGUCCCGCAUCGCUUACUGAAGUGGUUGCCUUACGUUGUCUGGUUUGGAAUUUAUUCUGAGUUGAUUGUCGACUUGGUUUUUGGAUAUGAUCCUCUUACUCCAAGCGAUUCAGUAGGAAUGUUCACGUUUUUGUGUUUUAUAACAUUUGUAAUGUUGCCUGCUAGGCUGCCUGUUUGUAUGGUGUUUGCGUUGACCGCUUCUCUAACGCAUGUGAUCAUCUCUGCAACUCUAUCAACGAGGAAUAUUUCAAACUAUCUUGGGCGACAGAUCGGAGCAAACAUUUUCCUCUUCAUUUGUGCGAAUAUUCUCGGAGCGAUCGACUACCAUAUUGCUGAUAGGAAACAGCGGCGAUCGGUUCUCGAGACAAGACAGUCAUUGGAGGUGAAACUCACCCUUGAAGCUCAGAAUCUACAGCAGAAACGUCUCCUUCUUUCUGUUCUUCCAAAAUAUGUYGCUGAUGAAAUGGCGAARGACAUCGAAUCAGAAAGACUUGAUAACGAUGGCGACUUCAGUAAACUUUACAUAAAAACACAUAAGUUUUGCAGUAUUCUGUUCGCUGAUAUCGUUGGCUUUACUGAACUGUCAUCGAUGUGUACCGCUGAGGAGCUCAUCGUAACGCUAAAUGAACUGUUUGCCAUWUUUGAUAAGAUUGGAGCKAAAAAUCGCUGUCUUCGAAUCAAGAUAUUGGGAGAUUGUUACUACUGUAUAUCGGGUCUUGACGAAAUMCCUGAUCAUGCGAUAUGUGCUGUCAAUAUGGGUCUCGAUAUGGUUAAACACAUAGUGAAAGUACGUGAGGAGAAAAAAGUUGCCUCACUGAACAUGCGCGUUGGAAUCCACAGCGGCACAGUUUUGGCGGGAGUACUAGGUCAGAAAAAGUGGCAGUUUGAUGCUUGGUCUAACGAUGUUACAUUAGCAAAUCACAUGGAGUCUGGAGGAAUACCAGGCCGUGUGCACAUCUCUGACGUCACAUACAACUGCAUCAAAGAYGAUUUCGAAGUCGAAGAAGGAGAUGGUCAGUCACGUGACGAUUACCUUCUCGAACACAAAGUCAAGACGUACCUUAUUACAAGACCAAAGAACCAAGCGGACUGCAAUGGCUCGACCUGCAAGGAGGACCUCGACACGUUAACACUGCCAGACAACACGACCGAAACCAGACGACCGUCUUCUCCCAUCAUGGAGCUGAUCAACACAAACUGGAGCGAUAAAGAUGAAGACUUUAUCAUCGAAAAGGAUGGCAAUAAACGCCGAGUCUCCUCCUGGACGGAGGAUUCUGAAAAGUCAGAUUCAUCAACAUCAAGUGAUAGAACGUUGAACAAGUUCCUUCGUGAAGUCCUGGACGAACGAACCAAUGAUGGGAUGAAAGAGAAAAUGAAUCCAGUGACCCUGCGAUUCAAGAGAUAUGACGUUGAAUAUCAGUAUGCUCUUGAAAAACAGGACAUGAGUUUUGCAGCGUUGUUGUGUCUUUGUAUAAUAAUUCUUUUCUGCUUCUUGGUGGAAGUAACKAUCCUUCCCAGGUCACUAAGAAGCGACUUGACGUUUUCAAUAGGACUUAUAUUGCUUGUUAUACCAACGUUAUUAACAUUUGCCGUUAGAUUUCAAAAGGUAUUAGUUUUGGAUGCAGGGUAUAUUUCUAAAGAAUGUCUUAUAUUUUAUAGCACUACACAUGUUCCGAAGAGGUAUUUUUGCUCUGUCAUUCUUGCUUUGGCGUUUAUAAUCCUUGCAUUGCAYGGCAGACAGGUUGAAAAAACCGCUCGUCUGCUGUUUCUAUGGAAGAUGGAGGCCAACCAAAAGAAGAAAGAGGUCGAGGAACUUCGACGGAAAAAYCAAAAGUUGCUGUACAAUAUUUUACCGAGUCACGUCGCUGAUCAUUUCCUCAAACAUCAAUACAAAGAUGAAACGGAAUUAUACAGUCACUCUUAUGACCGAGUCAGCGUCAUGUUCGCUUCGAUAACAAACUUUUCCGAGUUUUAUUCAGAAGACAAUAUUAACAAUGGCGGAGUGGAGUGCAUCCGACUGCUGAACGAAGUGAUAGGAGACUUUGAUAACGACGAAGACUCAUCUCAAAAUCUCGUUGAUAUUGUGGAUUUUGCCCUGCAACUGCGUGAUAAACUAGAAGAAAUCAACCAACAAGCUUUCAAUCAGUUUUCCCUAAGAGUCGGUAUUUGUCAAGGACCGGUGGUAGCAGGAGUUAUAGGAGCCAAGAAACCUCAUUACGACAUAUGGGGAAACACGGUGAAUGUAGCUAGUCGUAUGGAGAGCACGGGMAAGGCUGGUUACAUACAGGUAACUGACCAAACAUACGAAUCAUUAAAGGACAAAGGCUUCUCAUUCGUCUACCGUGGUGCCGUGCGAGUGAAGGGCAAAGGUCAACUUAUCACCUAUUACYUGACGGGAAGAGAGAGCUCAACUCAGGCAGAACUUCCGAACAUGAUUAUCUAACGGAAGCAUUUACAAUAUCAAGUCAUAAUAGGGUAGAGUACUUUCAACAAUUCUAUAUCCUAAGAAAAUUUCCGAAAAUGCCUCGACGAGGACUCGAAUGGAAUCCGAAAAUGACCCGACGGGAACUUGUAUAGUAUAAARUCCAAAAAGUACCUCAAUGAGGACUCGAAUGAAGUCCGACAAUGACCCGAGAGGAACUUGUAUUAUAUUCCSAAGAAACCUCGACGAGGACUCGAAGGGAAUCCGAGCAUCUCCCGACGGAAACUUGCAUUAUUAAAGUUUCCAAAAAGUCUCGACGAGAACUUGAAGGGAAUUCAACAAUACCCGAAAAGGGRKUCUGGUAUAAACUACCUAUUUUAUAAUGUUUAAAACACAGUCCUUUCCAAUGCUCCUUGGGYUUUUACUGAGUACUUUCGUGYUAAAAAAUGAUGAAAAAACUUUUGUAGGCUUUUCAAUAGUUGAUUUUUUUAGGAUGUGAAUUGAUUUUGGAGCUUGUAAAGGAACUGUAUACAAGUUGUAUUUAAAAAAGGUCUAAUGAGUCUAAUGAUUCACAUAUCAUUGAGUCCGCCAUUUUGGAUGACGUCAUCCCCAAGUACAUUAUCACAUCAUAUAUUCCACCGCUCGGCAAAUAAUGACCCUUAAUGAAUGAGGAACAUGRGCUCAAGCGUCUUUCAUGUGGUAAACGCGGUAAACUUACAAAAAUAUGAYGAGUCUCCACAUAUGCGGGAGUGCGUCUUAAAAUUGCUAUCACCAGGAAGCGUUGAUAUUUAUGUAAAAUACAAAAAAAGUGAAACAGUUGCAAGUAGAAUUAGUAGUAUUUCCCGCUGGAAGGGUAAAUAUGAAGCAUUAUUAAGCAUUGAUAUUUUCAUUAAUAUUAGAUUGACAGAUCAAUAGAGUUAUUUUCAAUUCGUAUAAUCGAACAAUAUAUUGAACCUAUCAAGUAUUUAGACUCGGCCGAAAGAGAAAUUUGAUCACUGAAACCAUCAGAUAUUGUUGUUCGAUCCGGUAUUUGGCCUUUGCUCUACUGACCAUGUUCGUUCGCUACGUGCAACAGGGGCCAGGGGCUAAUUUAUGAGGAGCGGGGGUGGGGGGAGGAGUCGUAGGGGGUCUAUAUUUUGUAAAAUUUAUCGGUACUCAUAGCCACGCAUGGAUCCUUUCUUAUUUGUUCACAUUCGUAUGAAAAGCGUGUUUUUGACAACACCAGUUCUCAUUGUUCUCAAAUCAUAGACUUUUUUUUACAUCAAAUCCUAUUAAAAUCAAUCAAASAUAUUCACUUAUUUUAGAUCUGGAAUUAAAUGCUAAUCACCAGUUAUUUAGGCGUUUCUCAGCGAACUUGACAAUGGAACAAUAUCUGAUGGUAUUGGGUGAGCAAACAUGUCUCAUUUAGCAGAUGCCUUAAAUACUGAAGUAUAGAAUCCAUACAGCUAUUUCCAAAAAGCUUGCCGAAAAGAAUAGCGCGUUCAUACAACAUGAAUAGAGAAUCCUUCCAAGACAGAAAACUCGUCUAUUGUGGCCUAGUGGYUUGUGGGUUAGUACUUCAUGAUGGAAUGCGUAUAGAUAGCUUUGUAUGGGCAGUGCAGUAGAUAUUAGUUCUAGGUGCCUAUAUGUAUUCCACCAUGAGGUAGUAACCCUCUCUUGUCCGUAUUUUACUGUCCCAUCGCCAUCUUGAAAAAGUAACCCAGCCUUUGCAUGGAAGCAAGACAGGGGUUGAGCCUGCAGAGACAGAUACCUGUAUCAAAGUAGUCAAAGGUAUCUGUUACCGAAGGCUUAACCACUGCCUCGUUCUGAUGCAAAGGCUCGGUUACCUUUCAAGAUGGUACUGGGAACUGUAUAUUUGAGAAAGUUCUACGGACGUUAGUCCUUCGUACUUCGUAGGAAAUUAGGACGAAGGGAAAAUAUCCAUGCUCUAUUCUUUUCGUUACACUUUUCUUAAAYUAGCUGUACAUCAAACAAAUGCCAUGCGCACGGCCAWGAACUUAUAUCCACAUUUGGUAAUCUAAUUAAUUGGAAAACGGUUUCAUCUUUGUUUGGCAAAUGUUCAAGCUUUAAAGUCGUGAACGCCGUGGCAACGCGUCAAAUUGUUGGCCAUAUUGGAUUUUACACCAUGUUAUAUAACUAAUGAGUGGGUGUCCAAAGAGAACAAUUUCUWAGAAAUGUUGAAUGUACAUUUGAUUGAAUGUUUGAUGGCGUUCAAACUUUAUAUUCUUGAUGACGUUUGAUAUAAUAAAAUGUUGGACGGACUUGAAAGUUAUCCAACAUGUUUUAUUUAUCAACAUCAAACAAGGUGGUCAAACGGCACAAAUGUUUGGCCGAGUUUGAUAUGAUAGAAUGUUGGACGGACAUCGGACUUCRUCCAACAUAUUUGACUGUAUAGUACCGUGCAAAGCAUGGUGGGUCACUCACCAACAAUGUUUAAUGGACUUUAGCGAUCCAAUAUAUGCCGGUUUUCAGCCUCUGGUGAAUUGAGAUGGGUUUUAACAACACAUAAAAGCAUGAGCCUAUUUUUUUCGUAGUCAGUGCAAGACUACACGCCAGUGACGUAAUUGAAUCAUUGGAGGGGUCUGUAAACCCUGAUCUGUAAAUAUAAAAUAACAAAUUUAAGGGGCUAUUUGUAUGGAGUUGACAGCCACUGCCCGGUUUACUGCCGUAGUUACUUGACAAUGUGUAGGAUGAAACAAUCAUGCUAAACCGGGCAGUGACUCAWUUUUCCAUAUGUACUGCACCCUGGAAACCGUUAUUGGCUUUCAAAUGGGCGGAUGACUUGUAUUAAGAAAUAGCUUGACCCUAAAACCUCUAAAAUCUGGUAGCUUAUACUACGCAUGUGCACACAGUUCCCUGACAAUAAUUUAUGUGCUUUGAAAUUUGUAGGUUCUGUCCCACAUUAGACCUGCAAAGUUUGUCGCCRUCCAUUAUYAUAUAUCCCCCUYUAUUAUAUAUGGUCACAUGAUGUCUUAAUGCAAGUCACCUGAUCACAAACCGCCGUGUUAGACACUGAUAUUAUGUGAAUAUAAUCAGCCRUGAAAUCUGAUAAUAUAAUUGAGUCAAUAUGAAUAAAAUGACAAUUAAUUACAAUGUAAA